UUUUUCUAACUAUUACUUUUAACAUGGCAUCUCUUUAUUUCUGACAAUCAUUUGUUWUUAUUUUUUAGCAAUGACAAUGAGAAUCUUAAGUUAAUAAGURGUAAUAUAUUCUAUUAAUAACAUAUAAAGUUUGAACCCACAAAUACUACAAAAUGGAUACAGUUACAUUAAAUAACGCCAAUAAAGAGUCAAACGGCAUAUCGCGCAAGGCAAAUGACGAAGAUACCGGAUUUACUUCCUGCGGCACACACUUGGAUGUUAAAGGUAGAAAAUUGACAGUACGUAUGCUGCGUAUGAAUUUAGGUACUUUGGUUACAAUAUCUCCUCAAGGCAAUGAAUAUAUUAAUGAAAUGGGAGUUGCAUGUCCGGCGAUAUGUGCCGGAGCAUCCUCGUCAAGCACAACGUUAUUCGGACCGGAAUACGCCUCCAAUUCUCAACGUUUAGCGGAUUUAUGGAGUAAACGCUACAAACGGCAAUUUAUAGUAAGCUGCAAUGUWCAAACCAAUGACAUUGAUGGCGCUAGCAUAGAAAAGGCUUUAAGCGACUGGAUAUGCGCGAAUGUGUAAGCUGAAAAUAUAACAACACCAAUAAUAUAUAUUACUAUACUCCAUGGCAGUAAUAUCAAUAUGAAAUUAUAUUGAAAUUCCUUCUUGCUAAAAACAAAAAAAGAAAAAAAACAUUAUUUUUUAAUUAAAUGUUAAUAAUGUAAGUUUAGUUUAGGAAAUGAAAUACUUAAAAUUGUUUUAAUAAAACCUGUUUAUAAA